AUGACAACCAACUUCAAGCCCAAUUGCAAAGCAGUUGACGAAAUUGGAUUGUACAUCAUUCUAAUGCAAGCCAAUCCGUCCCAAUGUCUUCAGAUAACAAACUUGGAUGUACCGCAAUCGUACAAGCUGACUCGAGGUGAAGAGCCAUCGGAAGAGCUCAUCCUGGACUGCGAGUACGAACUGAAGGACGAAACAUCGAAAGGGUUCGUUCUGAAGUGGAAGCAUAACAACUUGCCGAUCUAUCAGUGGAUUCCUUCGAAGAAGCCGGUGGCUUUGGCCACCUUCAAGGGUCACGUCGAUCUGGACUACUCGGUAUCGGACGAACGGUUGCAGAAGUACCGUGCCCUGAAGCUGAUCAAUCCGGUAGCGAACUUCACCGGUAACUACAGCUGUUCGGUGCAGACAUACCUGGAAAACGAAGUCAAAACGUCCCAUCUGCAAAUCAUCGUUCCGGAGACGGAGUUCAAUCUGACGUACAACCAGGAAAGCAACGGCAGCACGGUGGUGUCCUGUUCGGUUAGCGAUAUCUUUCCGAAACCGGAGCUGUCGUUGUUCGUCGAUGAAUCGGAAAUCAACGAUAUUGUGGUGUCCGAAAAUCACGAACAAGGUUUGUACGAUGUAGUUUUGCAACAUGUUCUUAGCGAUGACUCGAAGGAUGCAACUAUUCACUGUCAAUUGUCGAUACCGGGGACCAAUUAUACAAGAAAGCGGGAGAAAAUGUACCAUGGAUCUGCCUUCCGGUUUAACAUAUCGAUUCUACAAGCGCUGAUGUACGCGGUGUUUGCAGCGAUCGCUUCCAGCACGGUUAGAUUCUAACAUUGCGACCUUAGCGUACGUAAUGGAACGGGCCAAAGAUUCACCAACAUACAGAUUUAGAUGUGUAGAAACGAACGUUUAAA